AUGCGUCUAUUUAGUCAAGCCGAGGAGAACGCUGCUCAGCUCUAUGAUUCCUGCUGGCAUAGGCUCUGCUAUGCCUUCGAUGGAGAUAAACUAUUCGAUUGCUUCCGAACCCUAGACGGGGGGCCGCAUGCAGCUGCCCGUCGGCCAUCAGAUUUCAAUCGACUAACAUGGGACACACCGCUGCGUCUGGCCAUUCAGUCGAAUCGCCCAGAUCUGGUCGAGAGGUUCUGUCAUUACUAUCCACCUCCUGGAUAUGUCCUAUAUACGCCCGGUGGUGAGACCGAUCUGGAUUUUGCUGUUCGCUGUCAAAAGCCAAACUCUCCCGAAUGUCUCUACCAUAUGUUGUCCAUGCCUACACUGCGUGUCUGGAUGGCGUCUACGUAUGGAAACCCUGAUUAUGCUAUUAUGAAGAUUGCCGAACUGGUCUUUUCUUGGUAUACGGUAUUGGAAGACGCUUUGAACAACGUACCCCAGACCCCGCAUAAUAUGGUACGGUUUGCACCUGCCAUGGCCGAGCUUCGUCAAUUGGCAAAUCGCAAGAUGUGUGCGGUCUUGAGCCAUUCUCGGCCUCAAUCGUUCCAGGACCAAGUGACAGCGCGCAGUUGGCGUAGAGUUCGCCGCUUGGGGGGAAGUACCAACCGCAGGUUCCUACAACAACUCAUUAGGCCCGGUGUUGCAUUUCAUGCGACCAGGACUGUAGGAAGAUGA